AUGUCCGGCAUUAAGAUCGAAGAGGUUAUCUCGACCACCAAGAAGGAGCGGGUGGCAGCGCACAGCCACGUGAAGGGACUCGGUCUCAACCCUGACGGAACGACGAAACACAUCGCUGACGGUUUUGUCGGACAAGAGAAGGCGCGCGAGGCGGCCGGCAUUGCGGUGGACCUGAUCCGCUCCAAGAAGAUGGCUGGUCGGGCGCUGCUGUUUGCGGGGCCGCCCGGCACCGGAAAGACAGCGCUGGCUCUCGGUAUUGCCAAAGAGCUGGGACCCAAGGUACCCUUCUGUCCGAUGGUGGGCAGCGAGGUGUACAGCGCGGAGGUGAAGAAAACAGAGGUGCUCAUGGAGAAUUUCCGCCGCGCCAUCGGGCUACGCAUCAAGGAAAACAAAGAGGUGUACGAAGGCGAGGUGACUGAGCUGCGCGCCGAGGAGACCGACAACCCGCUCGGCGGCUAUGGCAAGUCCAUCUCGCACGUCAUCAUUACCCUCAAGUCGCAGAAGGGGUCUAAGUUGCUGAAGCUGGAUGCAGCCAUCUACGAGAGCCUGGAAAAGGAGAAGGUGUCCGUCGGCGACGUCAUCUACAUUGAGGCAAGCUCUGGCGCGGUGAAGCGGGUGGGUCGCAGCGAUGCGUAUAUUGGUGACCACGACCUGGAGGCGGACGAGUACGUGCCGAUCCCGAAGGGCGACGUCCACAAGAAGAAAGAGGUGAUUCAGGACGUGACACUGCACGACCUCGACAUGGCAAACGCCAAGCCGAGCCAGGGACAAGAUGCUCUGUCGAUUGUGAACAGCAUGAUGCGACACAAGAAGACGGAGGUGACAGAAAAACUGCGCCAGGAGAUCAAUAAGGUUGUGAACAAGUACAUCGAUCAAGGUGUCGCUGAGCUCGUGCCCGGGGUCCUCUUCAUAGAUGAAGUACACAUGCUGGACAUCGAGUGCUUCACGUACCUCAACAAGGCACUGGAGUCGACCCUUGCGCCGGUUGUCAUCUUUGCCACCAACCGCGGCAGCUGCCGCAUUCGCGGGACGGAGAUUCGGGCGCCGCACGGGAUGCCGACAGAUUUGCUUGACCGCCUCCUCAUCAUUCGUACCAUGAACUAUGACGUGAGCGAAAUUACGUCGAUUGUGGAGAUCCGUGCCCAUGUGGAGGGGGCGAAGAUAUCUGAAGCGGCUCUGACCAAGCUUGGUACCAUCGGCGAGAACACGUCGCUGCGAUUCGUUGCGCAACUGCUGACGCCGGCGCUCAUCAUUGCCGAAACAAACGGCCACGAGGUGAUCGAGGAGGAAGACGUGGAUCUGGUGGACGAGCUCUUUAAGGACGGCAAGGCAUCAGCCCGCCUGCUGCAAGACCACGCAGAGGAGUACGUGUACCAGUGA